CAGCUCUCGGCCGGCCGGGCCGCCCGGCCAGCGUCCGAUUUUCUCGCGUCCUGCCGCCCCCUUUCCUUCCCCGCCGCCCAGCCGCAAGUGCGUGGUCGGGGCGGCGCCGGCGCCGACAGGUAGCGGUGGGCGCUCUCUGGAAGUGUCCGCGCAGAGCCCCAGUGGCCUCCCGGCCGAAGGUGGGGCGAGGGUACUGUCUCGGGGAAUGGAACCCUCUCGGAAAGACGGAAGACUCCUUUUAGGCUCCCCGGGCUUCUUUGGCUCAGGAGCGCAACAGCUCCCGCUGGCAGUGUCACCUCCCGCCGGUGUAUUCCUUUCCUGCCAAGGCUCUGAAAUGCCAACUAUGUCGAGACCUGCACUGGAUGUCAAGGGCGGCACCUCCCCCGUGAAGGAGGACGCCAACCAGGAGAUGAAUGCUCUGGCCUACUCUAACCUAGGGGUGAAAGAUCGAAAAGCAGUGGCCAUUCUGCACUACCCUGGGGUGGCCUCCAAUGGAACCAAGGCCAGCGGGGUUUCCACUAGCUCCUCGGGAUCUCCAUCUCCAGUAGGCUCUCCUACUUCCACCCCUCCCGCUAAGGCCCCACCCUUCAACCUGCACCCCACCCCUCACCUGCUGGCCAGUAUGCAGCUGCAGAAACUUAAUAACCAGUAUCAUGGGAUGGCCGCUGCCACUCCCAGUCAGUCUGGGGAGGCUGGGCCUCUGCAAAACUGGGGCAUUGGGGCACAGGUGGGAGGAGCGGGGACCCUCUCUCCUGCUGGUGCCCAGAGCCCUGCUAUAAUCGAUUCUGACCCAGUGGAUGAGGAAGUGCUGAUGUCACUGGUGGUGGAACUGGGACUGGACCGAGCCAAUGAGCUUCCAGAGCUGUGGCUGGGGCAGAACGAGUUUGACUUCAGUGCGGACUUUCCGUCUGGCUGCUGAUGCCAAGUAUCCCUAAAGAUGGAGGAGUAAAGCCACCAGUUCUGUUGUAAAUAAAAAUAAAAGUUACUUGCAAAGAGA